AUGUCAUCCAACAUCACGUACCAACUGUUCAGCAGCAGCAACCUCCACACGCUCGGUUGUUUGAACAUAUUUGUAAUAAGUUAUGUGCCGUAUCUGUUGUGUUGCAUCACAGAUGAUUCAGGGAGGAGAGAGGAUGAGUUAGUCGAGGUCGAUAGUGCUGUAGUGGAAGAUUUAGGAACUGUAGAAACAGGCCCAGCCAGAGCAAAACUCAAAGAAUACCCUCUCACCACCUUUGGACUACAGAGAAGGGCCUUCCUGCCAAAAUGGUUUGAGACAUUUGAGUGGUUAGAGUACUCUGCUAACCGAAAUGCAGCCUUCUGCUUCUCAUGCAGGCUCUUUGGGAAACAAGUGUCUAGAGUAAAUAAAGAUAUGAUAACCAGCUCUGUUGGAUUUUUAAACUGGAAACGAGCUUUGGACAGCUUUAGAGAGUAUGAUACUUGUUCAGGACACAAAGCUUCAAUGCUUGCUUGGAAGAAUUACAAAGUCAGUUCAUCACAAGGCAGUGUUGUUGAGAGAAUGCAUGUGGCCAAUGUUGACCAGAUAGUUGAAAGAAGAGAAUACCUCCGUCGUAUCACUGCUGUCAUUAGCUUUUUGGGAAAGCAAGGCCUCACAUUCUGUGGCCAUGAUGAGAAAGAGUCCUCUGACAAUCAGGGAAAUUUCUUAGAGAUAAUGACAUUUCUGGAGAAAUUCGACCCCUUUCUCCAAAGCUACACACCUCCUGCGCAUUCCACAUAUCUCUCUGCAGGCUCUCAGAAUGAAAUGAUACAAUGUUGUGCGGAGGAAGUUACUGUCCCCAUUAUUGAAGACAUGAAGCAUUCAAAAAUGAAUGCAGUGAUGGCUGAUGAGGCUCGAGAUGGUCAUGUGGAACAGCUUGCUGUGUGUGUUCGUUAUGUGGGAUGUGAGAACACUGUCAAAGAAAGUUUUCUGGAACUUAAAAGUCUGAAGUCUUUCGAUGCGCGUUCCAUCACAGAGACAAUUGAAGAAGUUUUAAAAUCCAAAGGCCUGCAAGACCUGCGAUGCGUGGCUCAGGCUUACGAUGGGGCCUCCAUCAUGAGCGGUGCUGUUCGGGGUGUUCAGGCUCAAUUUCGCGUGAAGCAUCCAGAAGCAGUGUAUGUGCACUGCUAUGCACAUGAACUGAAUUUGGUGCUUUGUCACACUUGUAGGGCUGUGCCAGAAGCCGUAGAUUUCUUCGACACACUGGAGAGUGUGUACUGUUUCUUCAGUGUGUCUUUAGUAAAUCAUCUGUCUUUCUCUGACACGCAAAAAGCCUUGAGCUUAGAGAAGACUGAGCUUGUACAGCUCUCGAAGACGUGAUGGGCAUGCCAGCUCUUAUCAGCCACUGCUGUGAUCGCAAAUAUGCCAGCAUUGUUGGAGUGCCUCAGAGAAAUGACCACUACUACCACAGCAAUUGGACUGCUUUCCAAAUUUUCAAAUGUCUAUAUGCUUGUUAUGUUUAAAGCCUUGCUGUCCACUACAGAGGGACUUCACAAGUACCUUCAAAAAGAAGAUGUGGACUUAGCGCAAGCUACAUUGUAUAAAGAUGCGGUCCUUGAAACACUUAGGUCCAUGCGGACAGAGGAAAUGGCAGAGAAGUUUCAUAAUCAGGGCAAAGAAAUUCUCGAGGCCAACCAUCUGUCAGAGACCCCUACUCCAGGAUGUUCUCACAAACGCAAGCAGAAGCGAUUAGAUGACUAUGUGGUAGAGUCCACCACUGGCACAAAGGCUUAUGUAAGCGCUGGGGAUGAGAUAAGAAAUCACAUAUUUUACCCAUGCCUCGACAGAAUGGUGAGUGAGUUGGAGGGUAGAUUUUGUGGUGUUGGUGCAGAGCUAAUCAAAAGGCAUCAAAGCUUGCCAUCCAGCAGCAAAUGACUUCCUGUGUGAGGAAUCUCUAGAACUGAUUGCUAAACACUAUAACAUGAAGGUCAGUAAAGAGGCUGUAGUGGCUAGACACUUCCUAAUCAAAAGACCAAGGGUGUCAUCUCAGAU